AUGAAACUCCUUAGGAAUGCUUAUAGAUUUGGUAAUACCAACAUAGCUUAAUUAAAAGAUUAUAAAUAUCCUUCACUUGAUAGCAAAUCAAAUAAUAACAUUAUUUGGUUGCAUGGCAUGUUUGAUAGCUCUAGAAACUUUUUGAACAUCGCUGAGCAGGAAGAAAUUAGAAAGUUAGGAAACCAAACUUUAUUAGAUGCUAGAAAUCAUGGAUUUUCACAACACACUGAUGUUUAUACUGUUUAAGACAUGGUCAAUGAUUUUAUUGAAUAUUUGGCUAAUAGAGAUAUGAAAAAUCUCUAUAUUAUAGGUCAUAGCAUGGGUGGCCGCACAGUUUUAUCUUCACUUAGCUAUUAUAAGUAAUUUUUAUUAGACAGAGUAAAGGGCAUAAUAAUUAUAGAUACAAUUCCUUGUUCUUACACUACAGAAGGUAUAUUCCCAAUUGAUUCUGUAUAUAGAUAUAUAGAAGAAGUCAAAUCUUUAGAUAUAAAAGAUAAGACAUUUUAGGAGAUUGAAUAGUAAGUUAGAAAUAAGUUUGAAUAACCAAUAGCAAAUAGUAUACUUAUUAAUCUAGAUGUUUUAGAAAACGGAUAAGUAAAGUGGUUAAACAAUUUUCCUAUAAUAGAGAAAAGUUUUGAUAAAGUAAUGUCUCACGAAAUUAAGGACGUUAUGUGGUCUGGACCAAGAAAAAUAUUAAUUGGAAACAAAUCUCGAUACACAAGCAAGAAGCUAGUCUAAGAAUUAUAUCCUACCAUCUUUUCUGAUUUCAAAUAUGAAAGAGAUGUAGUGGAGUUUGAACAUUCUGGACACUUCCCAUACAUAAAGGAGCCUCAGAAAUUCAUUGAACAAGUAGUAUAAUUUAUAUAAUAAGUAGAAAAUGAUUAGCAAAAUUAAUAAUACAAAAAAAAAUACUAUGAUGAAUCCCUAACUUACGACAUUUGA